ACUGAGGCUUUCGUUGAAUUUUCUUUCUGCAAAAGGUGUCGAGAAAACUUGGCGCUUUUCGCAGACUUUUAUUCAAUAAAUCAAUAAUAUAAGAGACAUUAGAAAAGCAUAAAGAUGAAAGUUAUUAGAAAUCGAUUUUUUGUUUUAGUUCUUCUCGGGAUUUAUUUGAUGCAUGAAUGCAAAGGACAGGACCAAGACGAUCCUAGCAGGUCACAAUCUAUCAAUCUGGAUAGUCCCAAAGGGGAGACGCAAAAGGAGGGAAAAACCUAUAAUGAAGUAGAAAAAGAAAUAAACGAAGAUGAAGAUUUAGAGAAGCACCGUAACCCUUCUAAAGGAGAGGACGACAAUCAUAGCACAGAUGAGGAUGCCAAAGUCCACGAGGAUGAAGGGAACACUGGGGAUGAUCAAAAGGAGGAAAAUUAUGGAGAGGGCUCUGUCUGUGUUUAUUGCCAGUACUGCAAGUUCUGCAAACUCUGUGACAAAGAUUGCCCUUGCAAGACAUCCAAAAAGAAGCCAAAUUGUCACAUGUGCAAGUAUUGCAAAUAUUGUUAUUUGUGCUCAAAUGUCUGUGACAACUUCUGUAAACCAGGGAGCUUCUUGGACACUGUUUCAUCAGCAUUUUGGAGUGCACUGCCAAAGUUUGAUAACAAAAUGAAAGGUGAAGUGGAAAAGGACAUUGAAUCUGUGAAAGACUGGAUAAAGAGCUACUUAUAAGAUUAAUUAUAAGAUUUACCAAUAAGAAGAGUUUGAAAAAUUUCAUAAUGUUUUUAUAAUUCAAUUCACCAUAUUUUAAAUUGUUGAACGAAAUUGAUAUUGUCUUGCUAUGAACUGUUAUAGACAUAUGUUAUAGAUUUUAUAAACAAUGUAGUUGAAAAAAAUGUUGCAUGAAUAUGAAAUGAUGUUUAAUAGAUGUAUU